CCGCCGUCGCAGCCGGAGCAAAUGCGCUGAGCUGAAGAAAUUGAUCCGACCGACCGACAGACAGACCGACCGACCGACCGAUCAACAGCUGCUCUGCUUUCUCCAUGCGAUGCGCCUCAUGCAUGUGCAGCUCGUCCUCCUGACGCUUUGGGCGCUGGGGGACUCCCUGAUCGUGGCAGCGCCGGCCAAGGACAGCAAGCAGACGAAAUUCCUGUUCUUGGUGGCAGCGGCGCCGGCGGCGCCGCACGCCGCGGCCGCCGCGAUCGUGGCUCAGCACGUUUUGCCGGCGGCCGUGUCCACGACCUCCCUGCGUCACGUGCACAACGCGGCCGAGACGACGCACACCAUGACCGAAAUCCACCACCACCCGCACGCCGACGCGGCGCCGCUCGUCGCCGUGGCGCCGAUCGCCCACGCCAACAUCUACACAGUGCACGUCGGUGGUUUCGGCGUCGGUUUGCACGUCGGCGGACACGGCCACGGCCAUGGAUAUUUCGCUCUUUCAUUCGGCCGAACGAAAAGUCAGAGAAGCAUGAAUCCGUGUGUGUUGUUGGCGUUUUGCGUCGCUUUUGCCGCGGCGGCGCCCACUGAAGUCGUCGACGAACAGCUUCAAGCUUCAGAGAGCAAAUUGAAAAGGAGCAUCGGAGGGGGUUUAGGUUACACUGGCUAUUACAACGGCGGCGGUUUAGGAAAUUACGGUCCAUGGAUUAAUGAAAACCCUGGACUUGGAUAUUCCGGAGGCUACGGGUAUGGGGGUGGAUUAGGAGGGUACGGAGGCUCGUAUGGAGGAUCUUACGGAGGAUACGGCCUCUUCAGGGGUCUCACUUCCGAGGGCUACGGUGGCUAUGGCAGCCGAUAUGGUGGGUACGGUGGAGGAUACGGCGGAGGAUAUGGUGGAUACGGAGGAAGAUAUGGCGGAUACGGGGGUGCGACUCUUGGCGAACAAUUUGGACUCGGCAGUUACUACGGAGGCGCCUACUCGAGAGCAUCUUAUUUGUAUGGAUCGCAAAGGCAUCACACCUCCUUGGACAACCCAACCAGCACCAUGAGAGCCUUUGCGUUAGUUCUGCUGGCAGUUGCCGCUGUCUCGGCCGUCGAAGUGGAAAAACAGGCCGACGAAAAGGUGGUUGAGAAGCGCGGCGUGUACAGCGGCUAUGGUGGCUACGGAGGCCUCGGAGGAAUCCGUUCCUAUGGCGGCGGAUACGGUGGUGGAUACGGCGGCGGACUCGGAGGCUACGGCGGUGGUCUCGGAGGCUACGGAGGCGGACUCGGAGGAUAUGGAGGCGGCCUUGGAGGAUACGGCAGUCAUGGACUGGGCGGCUAUAGCGGUGGAUACGGAGGCUACAGGGGCGGCUACGGCGGUCUUGGUGGUCUCGGAGGAAGUUACGGAGGCCUCGGUGGCGGUUAUGGAGGUCUUGGAGGCGCCUAUGGAGGACUUGGAGGCGGCUAUGGAGGCCUCGGUGGAGGAUACGGAGGAUACAACCGCGGCGGCGUUGGCGGAUUCUACGGCUAAGCAGCAACUGCGUUAGUACCUGACAACCACUGUGAUCCUCCUCAAUGACCCAAUAAAAUUUAAGAGUAUAAUUUUGUAGAAAAAUGAAAAUGACAUGGUUUUAUUUAUUUAAAAAAGAAAAAUAUAUUGAUUUCAAAAGA